AUGAAGCUCUUCUCCGCUCUCCUCCUCGGCGCUGCUCCUCUCCAGAUCUGGGCUGCAUCCCUGCCCUUCUUUGGCCAGUCCCCCUUGAGGCCUCUCGAGGAGGAGUUUCCUGUGCAUGGUGAAAACCCGCUGGGCUUCUGUGCUGACCCUUCAGACGACAUCCUGGAGAUCACUGCCGUGAAUCUGUCGCCUAACCCGCCAGUACCUGGCGAAUCCCUCACGAUCGAAGCCGAAGGCAUUUUCCACGCCCCUGUCGACAAAGGCUCCACGCUUCACCUGGAGGUGAAAUAUGGACUGAUUCGCUUGAUCAAGACCGACGCCGAUCUCUGCGAUGAACUCGAGGCUAAUACCGAUCUGAAGUGUCCAUUGCAAGGGAAGCAGAAAUUCACUAAGCAAGUGGAGAUUCCUAAAGAAGUUCCACCGGGCAAAUAUUCCGUUCUCGCUGAUGUUUUCACCGAAGACUUGGAGCGUGUUACUUGCCUUCAAGCUCGUAACAUCGUCUUUUAA